AUUUAAGUAAAAAUGGAUUUUGGUAAAAGAACUCCCGGUUCUAUUUCCAUGAGAUCAUUACAAGGCCAUAGUAAAGAUCUGAGUACCCUUGAACCUUCUGAGUUAGUAUCUAAGGUAGAGAUGCUUGAGAAAGACCUAUCUUUUCAGAAGGAACAGUAUGAGAGAAAAAUUAAGCGCAAAGAUGACAAAAUUGCGGAACUUCUAAAAGAAAUUGACUACCAUAAAAGAAUCAGAGCUGAAACCAAGACAGAAUUAGUACACAAAGUAAACGAAAUUGAUGAAUUGGAGAAGGAGAAGAACCAAGUUCACCAGUCGAUGAAGGAAGCAGACAAUAAGAGUGAGAAUUUGAAGCUAAUGCUGGUUGCAUCCAAGAAUGCUAUGAAAUAAAUGUCUUGUGGUGUUUGGCAACAUUAAGUCUUACAUUUCAAUGUUAAAAGAGGACGAGAAAGAACUCUUAGAGUCUGUCAGAGAGAGGUACCAGAAGAAAUCAUUAGACCAGAAUUGUAGUCUCUUCAAUUCUAGAGCCGAUCAAGAUCAUUCCAUGGAUGCUCAUUCUUUUAAAUCAGCACCAGUUGAUGUUUCGAAUUUCUGUAAAGAUAUACCAGACGGGUCUGAAUUCAUCCCUUCAAAAGACAAGGAAAACCCUGAGUCUCUGUUCUUAGAUUACAUCAUGGAGAAUCAGAUGAAACAUAUAGAUUCCUUAGGUGAGGUUAUGGAGGACGUUGAUGACAAGGUAGAAAUUCUUGAAAAAGAAGUCGAAAAAAUAUCAAAACUAGAUGCACAAAGACUGAUGGAGACACCUUUGCCUGUGAAUUUUGAUGAACUCUUGUACAAACACCCCAACGAAGAAGGUCAAAAAGAGCGAGACUAUCAGAGCAAAAUGUGUAAGCUGAUAUCUCUUGAGAUACAAAAGGUGUCAAAAACUAUCGAGACUAUCAAGAAAUAUAUUCUUGAAGAGAGAUUUUCUGAGCUUAAAGAGCUAAUUUUAUCCCAUGAUGCAAACAAAGGAAGGCUCUCAGAAACUUUUACACCAACAAGAAAUGAUGUGGAAAACAAGGAAAAUGCUGGAAUGUACACCCAGAUGAAGGACCAUAAGAAAUACAGAGUUUUGAAAACUCCUUUACAUCUCUAAUUUCACUCUAAAAUUUAAGCGGGUUUGAACAAGUCUCUUAAAUUC